CGCUAGAUGCAAUAGACGCAUAAACAUGACUUUAGGUCCCGUCUUGCUGGGAUACACCUUGGUAGCCACGUUCUCUGCUUUCCGCGCCUUUGCGGUCUGUAACCGCAACUGGUUCAUUUUUGCAAUUGUGCUGGUGAUUGGGCUGGUUCCCUCCUGUUUGCAGCUCUCGCUGCUCGCUCACUCCCAGGUUUCACUCGGUUUCAUGGCGAGCCCACCUUUCCUCUACGCGCUAGCGACGAGGUUACCCGUCAUACUUGCGGAAUGCAUCGUCGUGCUCCUAACAUGGCGCAAGACCUACUCGGCAAGCCGCAGUUCGCUCAGGCGCCCGUCGAACGUCGCAGCGUAUCUCCUGCGUGACGGGACAUUAUACUUCCUAGCCAUGAUGACGAUACAAGUCGUCCAGAUAAUCAUCCUCAUCCACCCAACAAUUGGAUCCCUCGGCGCGUUCCUCGACACCAUCCCACCGAUACUCGUCGGUCGGUUUAUCAUGCAUCUGAGCCGCAUCGGGCGCGCGCCGGCGCCGGCAGAGUACACGACGUCCGAGGCGGGGCAGCCUCUCACGAGCGCCGUGUCGCUCAGUGCGCCGAGCGCGUGGUUCGUCGACGAGCUCGGGGGCGAACUCGACCACGCCUUGGAAAAGCACGAGCCUUCUUCUGAAAGCGACCAGGAGCACUAUGGGUCUUCUAGUGAUGAGCAUUACGGCGAUACGGUCGUGGGGCUCGAUGAUAUCGAAAGGAUAUCGCCGGUGCGUGGUGGAAUCUUGAGAAUGGACGGUAGUGCUGAUGGUGCGCGUGUUGCUUAG